GAAUAAUGGACAUGAUUAAAGGUUUGGAACAGAUUGGCACUGUACUAAGUGAGAUUGUUUCACAAAAAGCUCAACAACAAAACGAUGGUAAUAAUGAUGAACAAAAUCAAAAACCACUGGGAAAACAACGAUUACGAUUUAUUAAUCAAAGUGUAUGUGAUUAUGAUAAAAUUGUUGCCAAUCUUAUUGAUUAUUUUAAAAUAAAUUUACCAUUGAAAGAAUUUGAGCCAUUGAAGGAAAAAAUCGAUAAAAUUAUUGAUGAAGAAUGUAAAAUUUGUGAAUUAAUAAUGUAUCUAAUAAGACAAACUGAAUCUGAUAUAGAUGAAAAUGCUAAAAUGUUUGAACAGGUACUGGUGUUUUUGGCCGAAAUUCCACAGACUGUACGUGAAAAUUUAAUGGAAAUGAAUAAUAACGAUAACGAUCACGAAAACAAACUGGAUGAUGAUAUUAGAUUCAAAAUACAAUUUGCAAUCAAUCAAUUAUCAUUAAUGGUAUAUGAUUCAAUACAAAUGUUACAAUCAAUAAUGGAUAAAUUGAUUGAAAUAUGUAAUCUAUAUCAUAUACCAUAUUAUUAUGAAACAAAUGAUUAUUAUAUUAAAUUUCGAAGAUCCAUAUUGAUAACAUAUGAAAAUCUAUGCACAAUUAUUGAAGAUUUUCAAACAUUAAGCUAUUCUCUAUGGAUGGUACGUCAUUAUGAAUCAGUGAUGAUGUGUUCACUCAAUGAUGAUGAUGAAUGA